GGCGCAUCAUACCCAAUCAACACUCCCAUUCAAACACCUCCCCACCCCCUAUCCUUUCCCUAUCCAUCUAUUGCUCAUAUUAUUAUCAUCCACACAUUCCAAAUUGGCAAUUUCUCCUCUAUCAUCUCCACUUUCCAUCAGGUAAACCAUAACACAUCCAAAGACCUUCACAAGUUUAUGCGAAAUCUCAAUUUCUUAACUUCCAUUUCAUCUGCUGCUUUGUUAGUUUAGGUGAGCGAUCAAUGGCUUCGACAUCGCUUUCUCCGGCGGUAGCAGUUACCGGAACCAGCUUCAGGCCUUCCCGGAGAAGAACUGCCAAAGUGAAUUACCUUACCGGAUUGAACUCAUUUGUAGGGCUCAAGGCGCAGAACCAAGUGACCAGACUUGGCCUCCCCGUCAGCGCAGAGGAGUCUUUUGCGAAGAUUGUUGGCGCUCUGAGAGAGCCGUCGCGGGGCGGAGGGAGUUACGGUGGAGCUCUGUCUUCUACCUGCAGCGCCACGGCUGAGAUUUUCAAGAUCGCGGCCAUAAUUCCGGGACUUGUUCUUGUCGGGGUUGCCGUCGGCUUCGCCCUCCUCCGCGUCGAGGCUAUCAUAGAGGAAGCUGAGUGAAGAUGUGCAUCGGUCAUUGUAUGUUAAUUAAAUCGUGAAAUAUUACCGAGUUCUCCAUUUUCGACAGCUUAAUUUUGCAUCUUUGAUUUGCCUUACCUAUAUUUUCACUUCUCCUAAGUCCAGUCAAUCUGUUGGUUUGAUCAUAGCUAGAGUUGGACUCUUGAAUGGCCCUCUCAAUCCAAAAAGUCUUUGAAAUGUUUUUUUUGCAACUCUUUCUUGACCUAUUAUAUUCCCUCCUGUCCGGUGGACUUUGCCAAGUGCAAAGUAAUUGAGAAAUAAGAAUAGUAAAAAAUGUGUGGUUG